UCGGGGAUACCAGGAAGCUGAUGAGGUUCUCUUCUUCCUUCUUCAGCUCAACCAGGAAGUAAAGUUUCUCAUUGGCUCUAGCUCCAAGUUUAGCACCGGGCGGAGCAGGAGAGAGGCUUGCACGGGGAGCCUGGAGCAGAGGAGAAGUCUCAGCAGCCCUGUGAAAACCUGUGCUCCUAGCUGAAGGAAGAUGACAACAUUAACUCGCAGGGGCCGGCGGGCUGACACAGGCAAAAAUGCUGACAAGCGGCCAGAUGGUGAGGAAGAUUCAUCUAAAGACCUGGGUGAGGAGGACUCUGACUCCAAAGACAUCCGCCUCACCCUCAUGGAGGAGGUGCUGCUCCUGGGGCUAAAGGACAAGGAGGGCUACACGUCCUUCUGGAAUGACUGCAUCUCCUCGGGCCUGCGCGGUGGCAUCCUCAUCGAACUGGCAAUGCGUGGUCGGAUCCAUUUGGAGCCUCCCACCAUAAGGAAGAGGAGGCUGCUGGACAGGAAGGUACUCUUGAAGUCAGAUACCCCAACUGGCGACAUCCUGCUAGAUGAGACUCUCAAACACAUCAAAGCCACAGAGCCCGCAGAGACGGUGCAGACCUGGAUAGAGCUGCUUACGGGCGAGACCUGGAACCCCUUCAAGCUGCAGUACCAGCUGCGUAACGUGCGCGAGCGCAUCGCCAAGAACCUGGUGGAGAAGGGUAUCCUCACCACGGAGAAGCAGAACUUCCUGCUCUUUGACAUGACCACGCACCCUGUGACCAACACCACCGAGAAGCAACGCCUCGUCAAGAAGCUGCAGGAGAGUGUCCUAGACCGCUGGGUGAACGACCCGCACCGCAUGGAUAGGCGGACGUUGGCCCUGCUGGUGCUGGCCCACUCCUCGGACGUGCUGGAGAACGUCUUCUCCACGCUGGCUGACGACAAGUAUGAGAUGGCCAUGAGCCGCUCAAAGGACCUGCUGGAGAUGGACCCCGAGGUGGAGGGUGGCAAGGCACAAGCCAUGGAGAUGAUCUGGGCUGUCCUUGCAGCCUUCAAUAAAUCCUAAGCACCCUGGCCGGCCACGCCACGAAACGUGGCCCCCUCGAUGUAGGAUAGGACCCAUGCAUACAGAACUACCCUCCGUGGAGGGCGGGUUUGCAUAGGCUGGUAUGGGGUGGGCUUGGCAGAUUCCCCCUUGCCCCCUUCAUGGCCUGAGGUGGCUGUGCUGGAAGGGUCGUGUGCGGUCAAAUUGUCUGUCCUCUGUGAACACUUAGCUACAUGCAGGUCUGCGUCUCUGGGCCGCUUGGCCCCCAUUUUGACCCCCUGGCAGAGACUGUCCAGGGGGGCUGUGUGCUGCUCUCUUGCUCUGGAGUGAAGGGUGCCUGGUACUUGGCAUGUGACUGGAGCGGGGCAAUGCCCCCUUCCUGCUCCCCCCAACUGGAGGAUGCAUGGCCCUUGGUAAGAGCUGGAGCUGCCUUGAGGCUUCUUGCCCGCAUGCCCUGC